GAUCUGCCCACCAAAAGGUAGAGCCAAGCAUUUGAAUUGCAUGCAGUAAUACAACCUUUGUUAUUUAUAAAAAAAACCACGUACGUAGGAGCGAGUUAUACUACAAAUAAGAUAAUGGCAGAAGAUCAUGAGGUGGUGGUAUUCGGUGUUUGGGGAAGUGCGUAUAGUCGCAGAGUAGAGACUGCUCUUAAACUGAAAGGAGUGCCUUACAAAUACAUUGAAGAAGAUUUAAGCAAGAAGAGUCCUUCGCUUCUCAAAUACAACCCCAUCCACAAGAAGAUUCCCGUCCUCGUACACAAUGGAAAGCAUAUCGUGGAGUCCCUUGUUAUUCUUGAAUACAUUGAGGAAACUUGGCAGGAGGGCUAUCCCUUAAUCAUGCCCAAAGAUCCUUAUCAGAGAGCUCUUGCACGUUUCUGGGCCAAGUUCAUUGACGACAAGUGCUUUCCUGCGAUACGGAAAGCUUGCUGGGGCGAAGAGGCGCAAGAGCGUGAGAAGGCUGGGGAAGAAGCAGCAGAACUGCUAAAAUUAUUGGAGAAGGAGCUCCAGGAGAAAAGAUUCUUUGGAGGAGAGAAUAUAGGAAUGGUAGACAUUGCUGCAAACGUCAUAGGCUUCUCGCUUGGAGCUUAUGAAGAAGCUUCUGGGGUAAAGUUAAUGACAAGAGAGAAAUUUCCUAAACUCUGCAACUGGAGGGAUGAGUUUAUGAGCAACAGUGCUGCUAUCAAGGAAAAUAUUGGACCUUCCAGGGAGGAACUCAUUUCUUUUCUACGAAAUUACUUUCUUAAGAAAUAAAUAUGUACGGCUUCCAGGCCAAUAAAUGGACGAAUAGUAGAGAUCACGUACGUAUAGUUCAUAAUAAUUAAAGGCAUUGCUAGACGCAGUCGGUAAAUACAGUCGAUUAUACGGAAUAAAUUAAAAAAAAUAUCAUGGUUAUACAGAAUGAAUAAAAAAAAGUUAUAAAAAUAAUUUUUUUUUUUAUAUAAGUCUUAUAUUAAUUCAUUUUUUUCAAAACGACUGUACGCUGACUGCAUUUACCGACUGCACAAAUCAUUUCUCAAUAAUUAAUAAUCCUGCACCAAUGUAAUAAAAUAGGUUUGAUUUCUCUUAUGAUCAAGUUUGUAAUUUCAUUAAUAUUUUAAUUUGUCUAUCAUAAGUACUGUUGGUUCUUGUUUAAUUAA